AUGCUUACAGCAAACGGAGUUUUCGCACGUUUUACAGCCAUGUCGGCACAUCUGUCUAUACUUAUUAUGAUAUUCAAGGAACGAGAUCAAUACGUUGGUUUUUGCGAUUUUUCAUCGGAUUAUCGAUAUUUAACUGAUACGCGAUUUAUCAUUGCUUUAUCUUUCUCAAUUGCAUUACUUAUUGUUGAACUAAUUAUAUUUCUACUUGGACCAAGUUUACUUCGAAAUAAAGUUACACUUGCUACAACAUUACUGCAUUCAAUUGGUGCCAUCGCACUUUCAUUUAUGGUUUUUACACGUUGGUGUAGUGUUUCAUUUUGGCCCAUCUUUGCCAUAUGCAGCAUAAUACCAUUUUUCAUCGAAAUUAUCAAUGCAUUUGGAUACAAUAUAUCUCAUUAA